GUGAAGCUUUGCGUUUCGCUGAGAUCCGGUUCACAGUUAAUCAGUCGUUAAUGACAUUAGUUGCUAUAUAAAAUUUUAAAAAGUUUUGGCGCAUAUAAUCGUAUUAUGUUCGUUUCGAUUUAAGUGGAAGAAGAAGCUGUGUCAUCCUAUUACAUAACUUUCUUUUUCUGGUGGGAUUAGUUUAGUAAAAGUGCAAUGGAAAUAGAUCAGUCAGUGAUUAAUCAGGUUUCUCCUGGGACUGUAUCACAAAUUGAAAAGAGUUGGUGGAGCCCAAGCAAUUUCAUACAGUGGUGUCCUACAUCAAUGUCUCUCCUUCAGAUAGCAGAACGAAGGAUUCUUAAAGUAAUCAAGACACCAUAUGAGGCAAAGUAUGUCAAUGUUGGCAAGUGUGUUGGAGGUGUUGAGAACAAGAUAUGGACAUUGGUGCUAAACAAGAAUGCAGAAAAAACACCAUUAGUUUUGCUUCAUGGCUUUGCCUCGGGUGUUGCAUUGUGGUGUCUUAACUUUGAUACUCUUGCACGGAAUAGGCCUGUAUAUGCCAUGGACCUUUUGGGUUUUGGCUCUAGCAGCAGACCAAAUUUCAGUAGUAAUGCCUUAGAAGCUGAAUCCCAAAUGGUAAAAUCAAUUGAGGAAUGGAGAAAGCAAGUUGGGCUAGAAAAAUUUGUCUUACUUGGCCAUAGUAUGGGAGGCUUCCUUGCCUCUGCCUACGCUCUACAACAGCCAGACCGUGUUUCGCACGUUAUCCUGGCCGACCCAUGGGGAUUUCCUGAUCGGCCGUCGGGCACUGAUGCCAAUGCCCGUAUUCAGUUCCCCCUUUGGGUAAAGGGAAUCGCAUAUCUACUUCAACCUUUCAACCCACUUUGGCUACUCCGGGUGUCAGGACCUCUAGGACCUCGUAUAGUGCAGCGUGCUCGCUCCGACUUAAUCCGAAAAUAUGCCGAAGCGGUCGAGGAUGCCGAUGUAGCCAUUUCGGAAUACAUUUAUCAUUGCAAUGCACAAAAUCCAACAGGGGAAGCGUGCUUUCAUGCUAUGAUGGUUAGUUUUGGAUGGGCCAAAUACCCCAUGCUGCAUCGAAUCUCGGCUCUGAGAUCAGAUGUUCCUUUGACAUUUAUCUAUGGAGCGAGGUCGUGGGUCGAUAGACAUCCUGGGCAAAUUAUUAAAGAAAACAGAAAAGAGUCGUCGGUUGAAAUGCACGUUAUUAGUGGUGCCGGCCAUCACGUAUAUUCAGACAAAAAGGAUGAGUUUCAUCGCCUUGUAUUGGCAGCCUGCGAUUCAGCGGAUAGUUUGUCCGUUGCAACGAAUGUAACGGUUGAAGAGAAACCUACUAUAGCUGAAGAACGGGUGCACGAGUUGCAAACGGAAAUUAGUCAUACCGUUUUAGGAGUGAUGCAAGCAACCGAAAUAGUUGAAAGCCCUUGAAAUCCAUACAAAAUGGAUAUAAAAAGAAUUAUAUAUUGAGAGCUAAUUUUGCAUACCAAACAUGAGUAAAUGCAGUUCUAAUGUGUUCACUUUCAAGAAGUGAACUCACAAGAGUAUAAGGUGCUACCUUCAACAACACUUUGUGCUAUCUUUUUCCUUUGUUUUUGUUAUUCGUGUUGUAUACGCGAAGAUAAAGAAGAUAAUAAAUUGCUUUUAAAUAAUAGAAAA